AUGCAGAUCGAAUUCAUCCAUCAAGAUGCCAAAAACCGGAAAUUGACAGAUGUGGAUCGCCGGACAAUUCGAAGGAUCUCUCGCAAAGUUGGCGCAGCUGCACGAAAAGGAAAGCUCCUAGAAUCAACGGCCAACCCGGAGGGCGUCGUCCCCGAGCUUCAUGUGGUGUCAAUUGACGAGAUCCCUGAAUUGGUCAAAGAGGAUGAACGGAUGGCCUUAAAACGCAAGAAGUUGUUGCUUGAGAAAAUAUCAGGUCCAUUAUCUGUGUUGACUGUCAGCAAUGGACUACCGAACGAACUCUUCAUUUUAAUGCAACCAAACUUGAUUUCAAGACUUCUUCAAGUAGCAUCACUUACAGAUGCCCUCUCUAAUCCAAAACGGUGGCUCAACAUCUGCCGAAUAGCUCAGGAGUCUGUCGUCAAAGUACUCCCUCAACGAUAUGGAUACAGCGGGUGCUUAGAUGAUGCCAUAGCUUGUGUGGGUAGUCGAGUCCACCAAUGUUUGAUCUUCGAGGAGGAUCAGAAACUGUCGUGCCAGCGUCAGGUUGAAAAGGACUAUCUACGUGCACUGCGCAGUCUGCAAACUAAACUCAGCUCCCCUGACGGUGUCAGUUGGGAUGUUUGGUAUGCAACAUUAUUACUUUGCCUUUUCGAACUUCUUGAGGACAAUGCUAUGCGCAACUACAUAUGCCACGCAAGGGGUGGCUUCAAUGUGUUAUACGCCCUUGGUCCCACAAAUAUCGAUUCAGAGGAGGCAAAGGACUUGCUCAUAGCGCAGACCGAGAUCAUGAUCCUAGAAGCGACAUUUGUAGAUGUCGAUUGUUUUCUGAGCACUCCUGAAUGGCAAUCAGCUCUUGAAUCGACGAUAAUCCCACAUGUUCUUAUUCAUGAUCGAUCUGAAGCCGUCGUGAGUUUGUGGAAAAUCACUUCAUUCGCACCUGUGCUAUUCAAGAAAGUCACCAACGCAGUUAUGCAUCGGAACCUCGUUGAGAAAGAUACAAUCGUGAGCGAACUACACAGCUUGCUCGACAACUAUACAGAUUGGAGCGUCAAAUGGGAUUGGGUACUUGAAGAAGAACACCACCAGAACACUACCUGUGGUCUUGCUCGUGAAACUUAUCUAAGGAGAUCCAAAGUUCUCACCAGAUAUCUUGUAUAUUUGGCCAUGGUCAACCGCUUUCUCAUUGCGAUAGAUCCACGAUCCGCGUCGUACGCUGAAAGUGCAGCGGUCACCGCAGCUAAAUGGAUUGCACAAAUCGCGGAACCUCAGACCGUUGACACUGUUCCCGGAGUGGGAAUGAAACUUGCAUUACUUCUUGGAAGAUCCAUAUUAUCAACAACAGCUCAAUGGUCACAACCAGAUCUCCAAGAGACAAUCCAACCAGAGAUAUUCAAAUCUUGGUGCGACAUGAUUGGACGUGCAACAUAG